CAUCUUUCUUAUUCAAUCAUGUCUCUGCUUCUCAACCAGCACUGGAAGCUAUGCUUCCGGAAACCAGUGUUGGCGAGAUCCUCUCCUCUUCACUCUAAUGGCCUCUCUUUUUCCUCGUUGCAAACUCCUCCUUGUUUCAUCGUCGACGCUGAACCUUGUGGAGCGGGUCUCGGAAAACUCAAGAUUGUUAGUGCUGGUGAUUUUCGCCUCACACAGUUGGAGAAGAAGGUGCCUCUCGAGUUAAUGACGGGAAUGGAAAAUAUUGGGUCAUCCAAUGGGUGGGUAGCUACUUUGAAAGACGAUGUAGUCCGUCUCCAAGAUGAUCUAAACCCGUUUGCAUCUGCUUCAGACCCGAAACGAAUCUCGCUACCUCCUCUUGUAACUCUGCCGCUUUGCCAAACCCAAAUUGUCAUCAACGUGGCUAUGUCCUCAUCUUCUCCUGAGGAUGACGACUGUGUUGUGGCUGUCAAAUUCUUUGGACGUCAGCUCAGCUUUUUCAGAACCAACACUCAUGAGUGGAUCAACGUCAAGAUGGAAGACCCCUGCUUCUUCUCCUCUCGAGUCUUUUUCUCCAAGAAAGAUGAUAAGUUUUACAUACCUGGAGGCCACCUCAUUGGAUCAUGGGAUCUCCGAACAGACAAGCCAACAGCACCUAAGAUUCACAAGUUGCGGUUCCGAAACCUUCCUAAGCUGACCAAGACCAAACGAAAGCUUAUGGAUUCUUGCUACAAAAGAGAAGACUUGGUGGAGUCAACAACCACAGGGGAAACGUUCUUGGUUAAGUGGUACAAGAAGAUCGUCGGCAAGGUUAUCAAAGGUAGGGCCACAAUAAAAACAAAAGCUAUAAUGGUCUUCAAGCUAGACGAAGAAGGAAACGCUGUUUACACUCAAGACAUCGGAGAUCUCUUCAUUUUCAUCUCAGAAGCUCAACCUACUUGUGUUCCUGCUAGUUCCGUUCCCGGCCUACUGCCUAACUUCGUCCUAUUCUAUGAUGUCAACGAAUUCGGAAGUGCCUAUCUUGCUGAUUCCUCCGUCUCUAGUGAAAUUUCAACAUUCCCCGUUCCCUAUCAUAUUCCACCACAAAAUAUAGUCUAGCAGUUUGAAAUUGAGGUUUUAGUCUUUUCUCUUAAAGCUUUCAAGCAGAAAAAUCUAUUUAUAGAA